AUGUCCACGCCCUCGCUGCCCUCGCCCUUCCCCGAGGCGCUCGCCGCCAUCGCCGCGCACCUGCCGGCCGACAGCCCCCUCGCGCGCCCGCAGUGGGGCAUCAUCUGCGGCAGCGGCCUCGCCGGCCUCGCCGACACGCUGCAGGAGCGCAUCGACGUGCCGUACAGCGCCGUGCCGGGCUUCCCGCCGACGACCGUCGAGGGCCACAAGUCAUCAUUGGCCUUUGGCUUCCUCCACGACUCGACGGGCGCCUCUUCCACACGCGUGCCCGUCGUGGCGGCGCUGGGCCGUUUCCACCUGUACGAGGGCCACUCGCCGCAGGCGUGCGUGCUGCCUGUGCGCCUCAUGAAGCUGCUCGGCGCAAAGGCCGUCGUCGUCACGAACGCCUCGGGCGGCCUGAACCCGGACUACGACGUCGGCACCAUCGUCGCUAUGCACGAUCACCUCUCGCUGCCCACGCUCGGCUCACUGAACCCGCUGAUCGGCCACAACGUGCCGCUGGGCCCGCGCUUCCCUGCCACGUCCGACGCCUACGAUGUGCCUCUCCGGCUGUCCUUCUUCCGCGCCGCACGCGAGCUCUCGCUCUUCGACAGCGUCGCCUCGGGCACAUACGCCUACGUCUCUGGCCCCUCGUACGAGUCGCGCGCCGAGUGCAAGUUCCUGCGUUCGUCGGGCGCAGACUGCGUCGGCAUGAGCACGGUGCCCGAGAUUCUCGCGGCGCGGCAUGCAGGCCUGCGCGUGCUGGGCAUCUCGCUCGUGACGAACAAGGUGGUGGUGACGCCGUACUUUGACGCCAAGGCGGCGAUAGAGCGUGAGGCUAAAGGCGAGGCGCUGGAGGAUCAGACGGGCAAGGACUCGAAGGAGGCGGCGACGCACGAGGAGGUGCUCGAGGUGGGCAUGAGACGCGCAGAGGACGUGCGCCGCCUCGUCGAGCGCACCAUCCUCUCGACGCCAUUGUAG